UAUUAAUAUGCUGCUGGUGUUGUGUGGCUGUUCCAGGCAGGAUCCACAGUUUCCUUGACCUUCUCAAGAGACGUUAGAGACUGAGCAACACAUAAGAGAACAAAUCAGUGAAUGCGACAGGAACCACCAGUGCUGGGCAUGUGUGUCCUGGACAAUUGAAAUGCACACAGAUAGCAACAUUUCCAUGGUUACAGCAAGGCCCUGCAAUCCUUUUUAUUUUGUAUUAAAUGCAAUGUUUGCAUAAGGUUGAAGAGGAAACAGGAAGUUAAACUGUAAAACAUUGGUAAGUGAUGUGAAGCGAGUACUCUGAAGUGCACACAGACAAAAUACACUAACAGAGCAUGCCUCUGAGUCCAGCAGCAAGCAAACAUGAGCCAUCCGAUCAGCAGCAGCAGCAGGAGGAGGUGCAGCAGUGUGCUACCAACGGCAACCAGGGGGACUCGGACAGCUCCAAAGAAGACAUCAUUUACGACACGAUCCGGGCCACUGCUGAGAAACCACCCACUAGCCCCAUGGAGAAACCCCUAGCCAACGCCGUCAUCAUCCGCAUAGGGAUCCCAGACCUGCAGCAAACUAAAUGUCUGAAGUUCAACACAGAGGCGCGGAUCUGGUCCUCAAAGCAGCAGAUUUUAUGUACUCUGAAUCAGAGUCUGAAGGAUGUGUUGAACUAUGGACUCUUCCAACCAGCAUACAAUGGGAAAGCAGGGAAAUUCCUUGAUGAGGAGCGAUUAUUGAAGGAUUAUCCGCUGCCCACAAUCACCCCUGUCCCUUAUCUAGAGUUCCGUUAUAAAAGGCGAGUUUACACUCAGUGUGACCUGGAUGACAAGCAGUUGGCCAAGCUGCAUACAAAGGCUAACUUGAAGAAGUUUAUGGAAUAUGUUCAACAGAAGAAUAUUGAUAAGGUCUCAAAAUUCUUGGAGAAAGGGCUUGAUCCAAAUUUCCAUGACCCAGACACAGGAGAAUGCCCGCUGACCAUGGCUGCUCAGCUGGAGGGCUGUGUGGAUUUAAUCAAAGUGCUAAAAAGUGGCAGCGCCCAUCUGGACUUCAGGACGAGGGAUGGAAUGACAGCUCUGCACAAGGCGGUGCGAGCCAAAAACCACACCGCUCUCAUAACGCUGUUAGACCUGGGUGCUUCUCCUGAUUACAAGGACAGUCGAGGUUUGAGUCCGCUGUACCACAGUUCCAUGGUUGGAGGGGACCCGUACUGUUGUGAGUUGCUGCUCCAUGACCAUGCGAUCGUGGGUUGUGUGGACGAGAAUGGAUGGCAAGAAAUUCACCAGGCCUGUCGCCAUGGCCAUGUUCAGCACCUGGAACACCUUCUUUUCUAUGGAGCAGAUCUGAGUGCCCAGAAUGCCUCGGGGAACACUGCCCUCCAUGUCUGUGCCCUCUACAACCAGGAUAGCUGUGCAAGGGUUCUCCUGUUCCGUGGUGCAAGAAAAGAUAUCAAAAACUACAACAGUCAAACAGCAUUUCAGGUGGCUAUUAUUGCUGGGAAUUUCGAUCUGGCCGAAAUUAUUAAAAAUCACAAAGAAACUGAUGUUGUGCCUUUCAGGGAAACCCCCUCCUACACCAACAGGCGACGAGUGAACACAAGUGGCACCCUCUCCUCCCCGCGUACCUUAUUGCGUUCUGCCAGCGACAACAACAUCAACACUGAGGGCCGCCCGUCCUACUCGCCCGUCCCCUCGCUCAGGAGCUUACCGCCCCACCUGGCGGGACAGCAGGCCCAGGAGGUGGCCGACAGCAGCCUGCAGAGCACCGCUAGCUCGCGCAGUUCGCACUCCCGCUCCCCUUCUUUACAGUGUGUACAGGAGGAGAGGGAGACUGACAACCUCACACUCAGGAGACAAAGCAAAGACAGGCUCAGCCCCAGCACGGUUAUCCCUGAGCCGAGUCCCCCUCCACAGCCACCAACCCAUUCCGGGCUCCGAGGGCCCAAACGGAAACUCUACAGUGCUGUGCCUGGUCGUACCUUCAUUGUGGUGAAACCCUACACACCCCAAGGAGAGGGCGAGAUCCAGCUGAACCGAGGGGAAAGGGUUAAGGUGCUGAGUAUCGGUGAAGGUGGAUUCUGGGAAGGAACGGUCAAGGGCCGAACAGGCUGGUUCCCUGCAGAAUGUGUGGAGGAGGUUCAGAUGAGACAGUAUGACCCACGUCAAGAAACACGAGAAGACAGGACAAAGAGGCUCUUCAGGCACUACACAGUUGGAUCCUAUGAUAACUUUACAUCAUACAGUGAUUACAUUAUCGAGGAGAAGACUGCUGUCCUGCAGAAGAAGGAGAAUGAAGGCUUUGGAUUUGUUUUGCGCGGGGCAAAAGCGGAGACACCUAUUGAGGAGUUUGCACCUACCCCUGCUUUCCCAGCACUGCAGUACCUGGAGUCUGUGGAUGUGGAAGGUGUGGCCUGGAGGGCAGGACUGAGAACAGGAGACUUCCUGAUCGAGGUGAAUGCCGUGAAUGUGGUCAAAGUGGGGCACAAGCAGGUGGUGUCUCUAAUCAGACAGGGAGGGAAUCAUCUGCUCAUGAAGGUAGUCUCAGUAAGCCGGAAACCAGAGACAGAGGAGGUGGUUCGCAAGAAAGCUCCCCCACCCCCUAGGAGGGCACCUAGCACCACCCUGACCCUGCGCUCCAAAUCUAUGACAGCCGAGCUGGAGGAACUUGCAUCUGCAAGGAGGAGAAGAGCUGAAAAACUUGAUGAACUCCUUGCAGCACAAGUACCAACCUUGAGACCGGCAAUCGCAGAGGCAGACUACAGGGCUGCCACAGUGAAACAGCGCCCAACCAGCAGGAGAAUCACACCAGCAGAGAUCAGUUCACUGUUUGAGCGUCAGGGAAUGCCCAUGCUCUCUGGACACCCACACAGGGUGGAGAAAUCCCAUAUCCCAUUGCCAAAGGGAAUGCCCAGAACCCAAUCCGUAGGGUCAACGGAGGAGGACCAGCUGUCGGCUUCUGCAGGAGAGCCCCGGUUUCCACGGAGCUCGUCUAUGACAGACAACCUAAGAGAAACCCAUGGGAUCCCUCCUCCUCCUCAAACUGCUCCUCCCCCACCCCCAUCCCCUUAUUAUGUGGAUACAGGGCCUCCCCCAGCCUUUUGCCCGCCCCCUCCACCCGGGCGGGGCUAUGAUCAAAUGCGCUCCAGCUUUAAACCCAGCACUGAAGCCAAGAUCCACGGGCUACCACAAGUCGUAACUACAGCUGAAAUUUAUGAACCACCACGUCCGUCAGUUACCCACGCUGAGAGACAGAAGAAAGCCCGCUCCAUGAUUAUCCUGCAGGACUCCUCUCACCUGCCUGUGGAGCCUACAGACAUCCCUCGGCCCGCUCCCUCCGCCACCCCACCCGAAAAGAUCAAGAGGAAAGGGAGGGUGAUUGACAACCCCUAUGCCAAUGUUGGCCAGUUUAACGUUGGGUUAUAUGCUCCUACCAAGCCACAGCGCAAAAAAAGCCCCCUGGUCAAGCAGCUCCAGGUGGAGGAUGCACAGGAGAGAGCCUCCCUGGCCCUUGCCACGGCUCACUCCAGGGAACACUCUCCAACAGGCAGGCUGUCCCGCCCGAGCCGAGCAGAGUAUCAGCAGCAUCAGCAGAUUAUGCAGGAAAAAGUGCGGGCCCAGGCAGAAGCACAGCUAGUGAAAGGCCCUUUUGCUGCUGCCAUUGCAGGAGCAGUGAAAGACAGAGAGAAGCGCCUGCAAGAGAGGAGGAAAUCCACAGUCUUCCUAUCAGUGGGCACCUUUGAAGGCAGCACUCCAAGCCCAGAGCCGCCCCCUUCUUUGACGCAGUCCAGGUCUAUAGAUGAGCGGCUUCUGGGCAGCAGGGACCAUUUAGGUCAGCUGCCACCUCCAGCCCCGGCUCUCAAACCUUCACUGGGUGGCACCACCUUCAUCCACCCCCUCACAGGGAAGCCACUGGACCCCAACUCGCCACUGGCGCUUGCGCUGGCCGCAAGAGAGCGGGCACUCACUUCUCAGACCCCACAGCCAACAGCAGGCAGCCCAGAGCCCAGGACUAAAAUGGAAAAAGCGGGGCCUUUGUUUGUGGACACCCAGACCAAAGAGGCAGAACAGAUGGAGGGUAGGGGGCUGUUAUCGCCUCCCUAUCUACCAGGAACAACCCUCGGACCCACUCCAGGCAUAUCCGCCCCAACCAAGAUCCUUAAGGAGACCCCAUUGACCCUCCGCAAGGAGAUGGAGACAAGGACUGACAAGCCUGAAAUGGAGGAAAGGAAACCAGAGGAGAAGAAGAGCAUGAUCAUCAGCAUCGUAGACACAUCCCAGCAGAAGACGGCUGGUUUGAUUAUGUUUCAUGCAACCAGUAAUGGGCAAGCGGUGGAUCUGGGUUUGGAGGAGCCUUCCUCAGAUCCUGUGGUAGCACUGACUGAGCCUACCAAGCUUGUACCGACUGAAAUUAAACUCACCCAUCCGCCAAGCCCUACUGUCAUCACUACCACUCAGCCAUCAACCAGCCCAUCUUCUGAUAAAACACUGGCACAAGGAAGCUCAGAGGAGGAGGUGGAGCCCUACACGGUUACCCUUCCACCCGCGCAGCUGUCCUCCAGUGAUGAGGAUACGCGAGAAGAGCUGGCAAAGAUCGGGCUGGUGCCCCCACCGAAUGAGUUUGCCAAUGGUGUCCUAGUGACGGUUCCAGGCACGCCUAUACCGGGGCCGGCCAAGCCAAUUGCACCUUCCGCCUCAAUCCAAGCAGCAACACCAGCAGCACCAGCUCCUACUGCUGGUGGAGCACCCUCAGGGAAGCCAGACACCCACUUGGUGCUUGAGUCUGCAGCCGACUCAGGUGUGGAAGAGAUAGACACUAGGAGUUCCAGUGACUACCACCUGGAGACCACUAGUACCAUCUCCACUGUCUCAAGCAUGUCCACCUUGUCGUCGGAGAGCGGUGAGCCUACUGACACCUACACAUCCUUUGCCGAUGGGCAGACUUUUAUACUCGAGAAGCCACCAGUGCCUCCAAAGCCAAAACUCAAGUCCCAUCUCAGCAAAGGGCCAGUAACCUUCAGGGACCCUCUAUUGAAGCAGUCUUCAGAGAGUGAGCUCCUCUCACAGCAACAAGUGGCCGCACUGGCUGCAGCCGCCGGCACUGGCCGACCCCGCUACCUCUUUCAAAGAAGGUCCAAGUUGUGGGGGGAUCCCGUGGAGAUGAGACCGGUCCCUCGGGCAGAGGAUGGCAAGCCCACUGUGAUCAGUGAACUGAGCUCCAGACUGCAGCUGCUGAACAAGGACACGCGUUCCCUCGGGGAAGAGCCAACAGGACCCACAUUAGAUCCCGGAAAGAAGUCCCCUGGUGUGGCUGCAAGACUUUUCAGUAGCUUAGGAGAGCUUCACACUAUUUCCCAGAGAAGCUACGGCACGAGCUACACUAUCCGGCCAGGCAGCCGUUACCCUGUGACCCGCCGGACUCCAAGCCCAGGCAAAGUGCCUGCCACCCCUGACAGGACAGAGCCGCUGGGCCCACCUCGGCCCUACGCACUGGUGGGAACCCACAGCACCCCGCACACCAUUCUCAAGUCAUCCAGCCUGAGCAUCCCGCAUGAGCCCAAGGAAGUGCGCUUUGUUGUGAGGAGUGCCAGCGCCCGGAGCCGCUCGCCGUCGCCCUCCCCUUCCCCCACCAUAGGCUCCCCCUUGCACCCCCUCAGGCCCUUCUUGCAUAAACCCCUUCACCACUGGAACAAGUAUGAUGUGGGGGACUGGCUGGAGAGCAUCAACCUCGGGGAGCACCGGGUGCGAUUCCAGGACAAUGAGAUUGAGGGCUCCCAUCUGCCUGCCCUGACCAAGGAGGAUUUCGCUGAGCUGGGAGUGACCCGUGUCGGACAUCGGAUGAACAUUGAGCGUGCUUUGAAACAGUUGCUAGAGAGUUGACCUCAACAGGCCUUUGUAGUCUGUUGAUUUUCUUUUUUUAUUGUUAUUAUUAAAUUAUUAUAUUUAUAUUUGAUUCACUGCAUUGCACUGAAUGGAGGAUAGAAGAGAAGCCACCCUCCCCAGCUCAUCCAGCCAGCCAGCCUCUGUUUCGAGUGAUGUCCUACUUUGCAAAGUGAAUGUUGCAUGACCUCCACUAGAACGUCCAGUUUGUGAAUGCUUGAUGUUGCUCCCCCAGCCCCUCCCACAUUCCCACCCUCAUCUUUACAGCCUCUGAAGGUUUUCCAGUUUGAGAAGAAAAGAAGAAUAUUUUUCUUAAAGGAGAAAUCAGUUGCAUUUAAAAAAUAAUAAGAAUAAUAAUAGUAGUUCAAUCAACAGCAAAAACUGAAAUGACUUUUUAUUUAUUUUCUUUGUAAGGGAAUCACAACUCCCUCACACAUUUGGAAUUUGAAAAUAAUGCAACAUUUUACAUUUAUUUGCAGAGGGGGGGGAGGGCUGUUGCAUCGAAAUUUGUGAUUCUGAAAUCCUUUUCCUGACUGUGGUAUCUAUAUAUUCAGAGAAUGUUUAACCGACACUAGGGGCUUUUUUUCAUAAUCAAGUUUUGCUUUGGAAACACUUAUUUUCCAAAGGGAAUAUUACAUAGAUAUUAUAUAGAGUACAUAUUUAGAUGACAGCUUAAAAAAAAACAAUAAAGAAAACAAACAGCUGUCUCCUAUCGCUAGCUUGAGGCUAUAGAGCAAAGUAAAAAUGUUUCCCAUCAAUACUUGUAUUUUUACCAAUUAUAUAUAUUUAAAAAGCAAAAAAAAAUAAAAAAGAUU